AUGAGGGAGCAUUCGGUAGAUUUUGAACGAGCCAUUUUCUUUUGGCUUACACAUAGUGUUCAGUCAGAAUCAAUUCUGGUGAUACCUACUGUGGGAAUACAAAAUUCAAUAAAAUAUGUUUUGGGUAGAGAUGAUGUUUUUGUUCCCUGGGCAAAAAUUGAUGAUGUUAUUAUAAAUGAAGUCAUUAAAUUAAACCGUGUUUUGUAUUACCUUACAUUAAUAGUGAAGGCUGGAACAUCCCAUCCGAGUCCGGAAUCUGAAGUCAUUAAGUUAAUUCCAUUAUUUAAGUAUACAAAACCGCGGCUGGUGAUGCUCGAAACAAUCUACUCGGAGCUGCAAACUUUAUUGGUAGCUGCACAACGCACAGCGGUUGAAGUCGGUUCCGGCGACGUAGAAUUAAUU